AUGCCUCGUCCCGCGCUUCAUAUCGGCCCGAAGAAGUUAGUCGAGUCCCCGGCGCCUAAGCUCGAACCCGGUCUAUACCAUACACAAUCAAGCGCCCUACACGAUCUUGAGUUUACUGGUGACCUUCAGCCAUGGCUGGGCUUUUUGAGUGCUGUGCAGACCACACACCAGAACCAUACCUGGCGCAAUGAGGUCCUAGGCCUGACACUUCAGACACGAGACCCCUAUACUUACGGAAACGUCGAGGUUGGGGACGAACAUGGUGUCCAAGGCCGGUUCCACAAAUACUUCGGCGACGUGCUUAACACUAUCUUCACAUCACAGUCAAAGGGAAUACGCUUUGCAGAUUUCAAAUGCGUACAGUCUACUUACACGGGCACGCCUGAUGUGAUUUUGAAGGAUGAUAAUCACGUUUUGAAGGUCAUUGGGGAGCUCAAGGUUCCGUGGGUUCGCGAGCACUUCCUGGACGAUAAGCUCGACGACGACGACGAGCUAAGGAACAUACUCGCUCAGCCAAUCAAGUACAUGCAGAAGCUAGGCUGUGUGUAUGGAUUUCUCAGCAACUACAAAGAGACGAUCUUCUUAAGACAGCUCGUUAAUAACCAAGGCAUAUGGAAGGUCGAGUAUUCUCCGGUGAUCCAAUCGUCUACCACAUACGACAGGCGCGCGACAAAUCCCCCUGUUGUCUCUAUCAGGCAGUGUCUCUUCCAUCUAGGGUGUGAUGCGUUGAAUCAGGGACCAGUUAAUAACACUACACCGCGAUGGGUUGUACGGAAAUAG